UGUUCCCAUUUCUUCAAUCGCGUUUCCACCCGGCUCUCUCGGACGCGCUUUCGCGCCUAAAAGUGAAAAGGGUCAAGGGCGAUAGCAACGCACGCGCCCCCAAAAUCGAAUCUUGAAUUCAGAUGAGUUUUUGCCCCAGGAGGCUCACUUCCCUGCUUCGCAAAGCUCGCAGCCUCAUCGGCCUCGCCACCACCGCCUCCACCGCAGCUUCUCUCUCCUCCUCCCCCGCCGCCGCUGCCUCCAUGGACGACCUCCAGACCAUGAAGACCCGCCUCUGCAUCAUCGGCAGCGGCCCCGCCGCCCACACCGCCGCCAUCUACGCCGCCCGCGCCGAGCUGAAGCCGAUCCUCUUCGAGGGCUGGAUGGCCAACGACAUCGCCCCCGGCGGCCAGCUCACCACCACCUCCGACGUCGAGAACUUCCCGGGCUUCCCCGAGGGGAUCCUCGGCAUCGAGCUCAUGGACCGCUGCCGCAGCCAGUCGCUCCGGUUCGGCACGCAGAUCUUCACCGAGACGGUGAGCAAGGUCGAUUUCUCCGCCCGUCCCUUCAAGGUCUUCACCGACUCGAGGACCGUGGUCGCCGACGCCGUGGUUGUUGCCACGGGAGCUGUCGCGAAGCGGCUUGGCUUCCCUGGCUCCGGAGACGGCCCGAACGGCUUCUGGAACCGCGGCAUAUCGGCGUGCGCUGUGUGCGAUGGCGCCGCUCCGUUAUUCAGGAACAAGCCCCUGGCUGUGAUCGGAGGUGGUGACUCGGCGAUGGAGGAGGCGAACUUUCUGACCAAGUACGGGUCCAAGGUUUACAUCAUUCACAGGAGAGAUGCGUUUAGGGCCUCGAAGAUUAUGCAGAACAGGGCUAUGAGUAACCCUAAGAUCGAGGUUUUGUGGAACUCUGCAGUGGUGGAGGCGUAUGGCGAAGGAGAGAGAGGGGUUUUGGGAGGGUUGAAGGUCAAGAAUGUUGUUAGUGGAGAGGUUUCUAAUUUGAAGGUCUCUGGAUUGUUCUUUGCCAUUGGGCAUGAGCCUGCGACUAAGUUUUUGGACGGACAGUUGGAGCUUGAUUCCGAUGGUUAUGUUGUGACAAAGCCUGGGACCACGCAAACGAGUGUGCGAGGAGUUUUCGCUGCCGGGGAUGUUCAGGAUAAGAAGUAUCGGCAGGCUGUUACUGCGGCUGGGACAGGGUGCAUGGCAGCACUUGAUGCAGAACAUUAUUUGCAAGAAAUCGGAUCUCAGGAAGGUAAAAGUGAUUGACUAUCAGGCGCGAGGCCCAAGCUUUGAGACCCUUUGAAUUGAAAGCAAGUUCAAAUCACUAGGAAUGCAAAGAAAGCUCUCCAUAACUCUGGGCAUUAUAUUGUUUAUUCUGUGUUCUUGACUGCAACGGUCAUUCGACUACUAUUACGGUGCAGAUUUAUGCCGAUGAUGAAUAUUACACAAUUGGAUGUGAUCAAUACAAGAUUUGCCUUGAUCUGUCUGUUUGCACUCGUGCUUAUAUUGGAUGCCGAUUUCUACGCACCUCUUGGACAUAGGAAUUCCCAUAAAAGGCUCUCGUGGCCUUUUUGAGCAAGAAAGGGCUCUUAUUGGUCAUUCCGAGAAAUUUUAUGUUAUGUUUGUCUA